AUGGUUAGUGGCCAAGACAAAUGCAAAGAGCUGGAGCGUAAUGAGUUUGGUCAGCCGAUUGGAGAUAAUUCAGUGAAGUACGCUUCUUUCCUAGGUUGCAUGAUAAAGGAAUUUGUGCCAUAUACAUUAGAUGGAUGGAGUGAUAUUGAUGAAGAAGUGAAAGAUAGGAUGUGGAGUUGUCUUCAGAUGACUUAUAAAGUUGAGGAUUGGGAAAAGAAAACAAUUUUUCAAAAGUUAGCUAAAUUGUGGCAUGAUAGAAAAUCCAAAUUGCAAAUACUUGUACGAGAAGCUAAUACAAGUCGAGUGGCUUCACGAGAUCUCAGUUUGUUGAAGCCUGAAUUUAUGGACCAAAAUCAGUGGGACUUGUUUGUACAGAGGACAUUAUCAUCUACCUUUCAAGAAAAGAGUGCAAGAUUUAGAGCAAUGAGGGAAAAACAAGAUCACAUUCACACAAUGAGUCGGAGGGGCUAUGCUCGUUUGACUCACAUUAUGGAAAAGACAAGUCCGAUGGAUACAAAAAUUACGAGAUCGCAAGUUUGGAUUGAAGGUCACAAGAGAAAAAAUGGGGAGCCCAGUACUCAAGCCGUUGGAGAGAAAAUGAAAAAAUUAUUAGAAUGUCCACCCGAAUCUCAAAACACAACUAAUAUUGCUGAUGAUGCAAUUAGCAUUGUGUUUGGCAAUGAAGCUCGGGGUAGAGUGCGUGGAAUGGGUUUUGGAGUAACACCAUCAAAAGUUGGAGCUUCAGUGCAACAAAAUGGAAUGGUUCAACAACUUCAAACUAUAGUACAAAAUGUUCAACAACAAAUGCAGGAAAUGAGGCAACAAAAUCAACUAGAAAUGCAAGAAAUGAGUGGUGGUAUUUGUAGCGGUAUUGGGAAUGAAUUUGGUAGCAAUAGCGAUAUUAAUAUUGGUGCCAAAAAAAGUGGUGACUUUGGUCAUGUUUUUCAGUCAAAUUCGAGAAAUGCGAGUCGUGGAGAUAUAUGUGCUAAUACUAAAUGUAAGCUGCUUCAUUGGUCUGCUGAUGAAUUAGUUGUUGCAGAAGGUUGA